AUGGACGCCUCUACUGAUUAUCCAUUGGCGCAAUGGCCAAACUCUUUGGAUAUUCCAUUAAGAGAAUCUGAAGAAGUGGUUUCUAUAGAUUUGAAGAAUGACUUACCGGAGGACCCACAAGAUUUGACGACGUUACUUGUUGAAGAACAGUCUGAUAAGGAGCAUUGGUUGACUAUUGCUGCAUCUUAUUGUAACAAUGGAAGCGUGAAGGAAGGUGUAAAGCUUGCAGAGCAGGCUUUGUCUCACUUCUCUGACAAACAGACGGCUUCAAUACAUACUUUUUUGACCUGGGCUUACUUGCGCUUGGCCAGGUCUUCAACUGGUAUUGUUGAGGAAAGAAAUAAGUACUUAUCCUUGGCAGAAACUCAUGUCAUUGAAGCUUCCAAGCAGGACCCUACUUGGAUAGGAAACAGAUUAGCCACUGUCGAACUAUAUUUUCAAAGAGGAAUGUACGAUAGAGCUCUCGAAUAUACUGAUAUUUUCAUAAAAUCUGUUCAAGAUGAAGACAAGAGAAGCGGAAGCGUGAACAAACCUAACAUCAUGUUUAUUAUAAUGAGGGCGAAGUUAAUGUAUAUCAAAAAGAAUUACCAUGGGGCUCUAAGGCUUUUCCAAGAGCUUCUUCUUUUGAAUCCAACUUUAGUUCCAGACCCAAGAAUCGGUAUCGGUAUGUGUUUCUGGCAUUUGAAGGAUCGUUCUAUGGCAAUUGCUGCAUGGGAACGAAGUGCUGCAGUUUCUGGCAAGGACUCAGUUGCCGCCAUACUCGUUCUGUUAGGGAAAUUCCACAACUCCUUGACUUCAUCCACAAAUGACGAAAUGUUCAAGACUUCUUUUACAAAUGCUGUAUUAGAUUUAGAUACCUUGUACCAAGAAAGAGGUCCUCAUCCUGUAUUGCUUGCUCUGUUGCAAGUCUACUUUUACAUGAAUCAAAAAUACGAUAAAGUCAUUACAAUUUAUGAACAGAAGAUCAUGUCUAGAUCUGCUAUGAUUUCUGACCAAAUCCUCUCUGAGUCAUCAUUCUGGGUAGGCAGAGCAUAUUAUGCUCAAGGUGAUUCCCGUAAAGCAUUCCACUACUUCCAAGAAGCACUGAAGAAAAAUGAGGGUAAUUUAUUGGCCAAGAUUGGUCUAGGACAGUCUCAAGUUAAGAAUAACUUGGUGGAAGAAUCUAUCUUAACAUUUGAAAACAUUUAUCAAAGUAAUGAAUCCUUGCAGGAAAUUAAUUAUAUUCUAGGUCUUCUAUAUGCUUCGAAAUGUUUCAACACCACCGUAAAGGUCAGCUCCGCAGAACUGAGGAAAAUAACAGAUAAAGCUAUCCAGUUCUUAGAGAAAUAUGUACACUUGACCAAAGCAAAAGGUAAUCAGAUUGUGAUUAACAAGGCCUAUCUACUACUUUCAGAAUUAUACGAAAUUAAAAACAACUACAAGCAAUCAAUUGAUUACUUGCAAAAAGGGAUUGACCAGCUGCACAUUCAAGGAGAGGAAACACCUUUGGAGGUUUUGAACAAUUUAGGAUGUUUCUAUUUCGUCACUGGCGAAUAUGAAAAGGCUCAAAAUCUUUUCCAAGAGGCAUCAGCCAAAGUUAUCGUGCAUGACAGCAAGAAAGUCACCUUGGAUUACAACACAGCUAGAGCACUCGAGCACACUGAUAAAGCAAAAUCACAUGAUAUUUACACUGCUAUUCUUACCGACCACCCAAAGUAUAUUAGUGCUAGGAUUAGAGAUAUCCACCUCAAAUUUAUUAACCACCCAGAAUCUAAUUUGAAGGACGAAAUAAAGUCUGUUUUGACAGAAAACGAAUCAAAUGGAGAAGUGCGUGCUUUCUAUGCCUGGUACUUGAAAAAGUUAGGCAAACCAGCAGAACAUGAAAUGUCGGAACAUAGCAAAGAAACUUUGGUAAAAUAUGACUCGCACGACUUGUAUGCUUUAAUUUCAUUAGCAAAUCUAUAUGUGGCAAUUGCCAGAGAUCAAAAGAAGUCAGCUCGUAAUUCUAAAGAUGCUAAUAAGUCGAUCGAAUCUUACUUGAAGGCAACUCAACUUUAUCAGAAAGUCCUCCAAGUUGAUCCGAUGAACAUUUUUGCGGCUCAGGGUUUGGCAAUAAUAUUUGCAGAAAAUAAGAGGUACGGGCAAUCACUUGAAGUUCUUAGAAAGAUCAGAGAUUCCUUAGAUAACCAAAGUGUGCAUAUCAAUCUCGGACACUGUUUAUCAGAAAUGCGUGAAUAUGCGAAAGCUAUUGAGAACUACGAAAUUGCCCUAAAUAGAUUUGAUAAUCCAAAGAGUAAGCCGUUACUGCUCAAUCUCUUGGGUAGAUGUUGGUAUCUAAGAGCUCUCAAGGAAAGGUCUCUUGAAGCUGUUCAGAAAGCGCUUGGUUAUGUCAAACGUGCGUAUGAUUUAGAAUCUGCGAAAGUAAACGGUAAGAUGACCAGUAGCUAUAAGUUCAACCUUGCAUUAUUGGAAUUCCAAGUUGCCGAGCAAAUGAGAAGAUCUAGUCCUAAAGAAAGAACCAUGGCUGAUCUUGAAGCCAGUAUUGAGGGGUUGCAAUACGGUAUUUCAUUAUUAAAAGAACUUCUGGAAACUAAAUCCAUAGUAAUUCCUUCAGAACAAUUAGAGCAACGUAUUCAACUAGGUGAGACCACCAUGAAAACAGCACUAGAGCGCAGUAUAGAAGACCAAAAGGCGUAUGAAUUGGAAAUCUCAGCCAAAAUGGAAAAUGCUCGUAAAGUUUUGGAAGAACAACGUGAGCUUGAAGCUCAAAGGGACGCCCAACAGAAGGAAGAAGAAAAGAUCAAAAGUGAAAAACUGGCGGAGGAAUACAGAAAAUUGCAAGAAGAAGCACAAAGGUUGAUCCAAGAACGUACCGCGCAAGAGGAGAUUGUUGAUGACGACAAUGACAACGAUGACCUACCUCAAGAAGAAGACGGGUCUUAUAAAGCACCAUCUAAGAAAGGGAAGAAAGCAAAGAGAAAAGCAGACUCUGAUAGUAAAUCUUCAAAGAAAAAGAGAAGAACUGCCAAAAAAAUCGUUGAUGAAGAUGAUGAGGAUGAUGAUCAAUUGAACGGAGUUCAAAAUGGUGACUCUAAGAGAGGUAAGUCCAGACCACUUUCAAAAGAAUUCAUUGAAGAUAGUGAUGAAGAAGCCGACUUCACAGAUGACGGUGAACCAGCAGAUGAAGCUGAGGCUGAACUAGCUCUGGAACCUGAAAAUUCUGGCAGUGAUAAUGAAGAUUAA